AUGAGUUUCAAAGGUUUCCAGAAGAGUCUGAAGCGCGCCCCGCAGCAGUUCAAAGUCAAGUUCAACCUCGCCGAGCAAUCCAAGGAUGCCGUCUAUAGUGAUGCCGAGCGUCGCUUCCAGGAGCUCGAGAAGGAAACCAAGAAGCUUCACGAUGAAUCUAAAAAAUACUUUGACGCUAUCAACGGCAUGCUGAGCCACCAAAUCGAAUUCUCUCAAGCGAUCGCCGAGCUCUACAAACCCAUCUCCGGUCGCGCCUCCGAUCCCAACUCUUACCAAUUCGAAGGGAACCCCGAAGGUAUCCAGGCCUGUGAGGACUAUGAGGCCAUUGUGCGCGACCUACAAGAAGCUCUGUCCCCGGAGCUGGAUAUGAUUGAGAGUCGCGUGAUCAGCCCAGCCGACCAACUACUCGAGGUCAUCAAGGUGAUCCGCAAGGUGGCCGUCAAACGCGACCACAAAAAGCUCGACUUUGACCGCCACAACGCCUCGCUGAAAAAGCUGCAAGAGAAGAAGGACAAGAAUAUCAAGGACGAGAAGGCUCUCUACAAGGCAGAGAACGAUGUCGAACAGGCCACCCAGGAGUUCAACUAUUACAAUGAUUUGCUGAAGGACGAGCUGCCCAAGCUGUUCACUCUCGAAGCCGAGUUCAUCCGCCCGCUCUUCCAGUCCUUCUACUACAUGCAGCUCAAUGUUUUCUACACCCUGCACGAUAAGAUGCAAGGCAUGAAUAUCGCAUACUUUAACCUCAAACUCGACGUCGAGGAGGCCUUUGAGCAGAAGCGUGGCGAUGUCCAGGAACGCGCAGAGGCUCUGAUGAUCGUCCACUUCAAGACCAAGGGACUUGGCCGUUCGGGUUCCAAAGUGAGCUCGCUCAAGGCUGCUGAAGCCAAGGCUGGACGUGGCCGGUCAUCUUCAACUGCCGACGAAAACCCCCCCUCCACCCUACUCCUCCGCCGCUACCCCCAGUCCAACAGGGAGCAACUUCUCUGCGGCGGCCAAGAGCAAGCCGGCUCCUCCUCCCCCAAGGGCAAAGCCUGCUCACCUCAGCAAGCCUCACACGGCGACCUCGGGUUUUCGGCUGGCGACGUGAUCGAAAUAACUCAACGGACCGACAACACAAACGAAUGGUGGAGCGGCAAGAUCGAUGGCCGGGAAGGUCAAUUCCCAGCCAACUAUGUGCAGUUGCAGUAA